AUGGGGCGGCCGGUGCCGCGGCUCCGGCGAGCAGGGGAGGCCGGAUCGGGUGACGAGGUCGCCGGAUCUGGGCGGCGCUGGCCCAGAUCAGGACGGAGGAGAGGCAGGGGCGGUGGUGAGGCGGCGGGCAUCCAUGGCGGCGGCGGCAAGGCGAUGACGGCGAGGCGACGCGCGGGGCUGCGUGCUCCGGUAAGCCCGAUGGGCUCCGGCGGCGGGGCACCCGAGGCGCGAGCGGGGCAAGCGCUGCGGGCGCGAGGCGUGGAGAGGGAGGCGUGUGCGGCGGAGACGGCGGCGCAGGACGGCGCGCUCCGGUCACCGGAGUUGGUCGCCGGCGACGGCGCGAAGGCGGCGGGCGGCGGAGCAAGGGCGGUGGACUCGGGCAGAGCGGGCGGCGGCGAACGGGCUCCGCGGCGGCAAUAUGCGGGCUCGCGCGGGCCGAAUUUGGGCCCCGCGGACCGCACGGUGGUGGGAGGCGGUGGCGAUAGAUGGCGGCCUGCGAUGGGACGAGGCGUCGGUGGCGGACAUGUCCGGGCGGUGGGAGGUUAUGUCCGGCGGCGCGAGGUGGAAGGAGGCUAG